UCUGUCAUUCCCUUGGACCAUUCUGCUUGACACAUUUCAUAGUUGAGUAAGCCUCCUGGCUUUCUGUCUAGAGUUAACAGUGCCCCUGCAACGUUGUGCUGGCUGAGAGCUCAUCAAAAGGGGAGCAACGGCGGCAGCAGUCAGUCUGACAGUCUCUUGGACGGGGAGUCCCUGAAGCUGCAUUCCUCUGGUCUCCUUCUCCCCGUUGGGACUUGGUGUUUUGUGUGAGCCUUGUGGGCAUCCUCAGCUCCCGUCCAAUCGCACGACCGGUCCAUCACAGAAGAUUCAGUGUUGUUUCUUCAGGCAUUCUGGUGCUGAUCAAAGGAGUGUGAAGAUGUGGUGUGGGGCUGGGCCUCUGGCUGUGGUGGCUGCAGUGUUUUGGACUCAGUGUGUCCUACUGGAUGGGGUGGAUGCCAAGAAGGAGAGAAAGAAGCCAAAGGAGGCCACCCCACAACACACAGAGACGUACAAUGCAACUCUCUCCAACAGUGAAGAGGUCGAUGGAAGCAUCAAGAUUUCUGACCACCAGAGAGUCGACCCACUGGGAUCAUGGAUGGACUUUGUCAAAAGACCCGUUGGCAACUUCCCUGGAAAGUGUCGCAAACGCAAACGUCCCCUGCCGGGCCCACCUGGUCCUCCAGGUCCUCCUGGCCCACAGGGACCUCCUGGUUCUCCUGGCGCCGAAGUGACCCAGGAAGUUCUACUCCAGGAGUUCAAAGAGAUGAUCAAAGAGGCUACAGAGAGGAGAGCAGCAGCACUUGACAGACAAAUCAGCCCCAGCCAGCUACCUACAGCUCUGCUCACCCUGGAGGGGAUGACCUCGUACCGGCGAAUAGAGGAGGCUUUCCACUGCAAGCUCAAGGGCCCUGUGGUGGUGGAUAAGAAGACUCUGGUGGAGCUCCAGAACUUUCAGACACCACCUGCUAAAGGAGCCUUUCUCAGAGGGUCGGGAAUGGACCAAUCUACUGGGAGAUUCACAGCUCCCAUCACAGGGAUCUACCAGUUCUCUGCUAACGUCCACAUUGACCACAAUGAGGUGAAGAGGAGCAAGAGUCAGCUCAAGGCCAGGGACAAUGUUCGGGUGCUGAUCUGUAUCGAAUCACUCUGCCACCGAUACACCUCACUGGAGAUGAUUGUUGGGUUAGAGAGUAACAGCAAGAUAUUCACCGUCAGCGUGCAGGGGCUGCUGGAGCUACAGGCCGGGCAGUACACCUCCAUAUUUGUGGAUAAUGCAGCCGGUGCUUCCAUUACAAUACAGAAUGGUUCAGAUUUCAUGGGCAUGCUGCUUGGUGUAUAGCCUCACAUACGAACAGGGCAUCGUUCAAGCCAUCCACUGCUGCCAUUUUUUUUUUUUUUUUUUUUUUUAUUCAAUGGACUGCUUAUGAGGACCAUCACACAGUACCAAACGACAGGGGAGGUUUGAAGGAAGGAUGUAAGGCUGACAUUGACUUGACUGCUUGUCAGAUGGUGAAAGGACAAUGUGAAGAACUCAAGGACUGAGUUUGUUUUUCACCGUGCACUGCGACUUCCCAGAGGAACUUGGUUGCCUGUUGCUUCACCAGUAAAAUAACCUGUAUGUACAGCAGUGAAUAAGUCUCUUACAGUAUAUUUUUCUUGGUUGUCGAACGCUUUUGUGGUAAGCCAAAUAUAAAUGAUUUUUUAUGGUCUCUGGAUAGAUAUCAGAAGAGCAGGGGAACAUGAAAAAGUGCAUUUGUGUUUUUAUGUAUACUGACAUGUUGAUGUUUUUUGUCUACAUGAUCUACACACUCAUGAACUAUAGUUUUAUCAUGGGUUAAAUCUUACACUUAAGUUAUAUGGUACAUAGACUCUGUGAGUACACUGGACAAUGGAAAUAUGCCCAAUCAACAGAAUAUGGUCUUAGAAAAACUGAUGGCUCACAUGGGUAAUUACAUAAUUUGUAACAUAGCUAGCAAUGUUAGCAGCGUGGCUCUAUAUGACUUCAGUCAGACCAAAAUAGCUCAACAACUAUUAUAUGGAUUGCAGUCACAUUUUGUACAGAUAUUCAUGGUUUCUAGAGGAUGUAUCCUACUGACUUUGGUGAUGCUCUGA